AUAGCAACGGCGGGCAGAAAAAAUUAACCUUAACUUACAGCGUUAAAGAGAAAGAAAGAAAUGAUGUCAAAAAGAUUGAUCCGAGUCGAACUUGUCAAUAUGUUAUUAUUAUAUUAGCAGCAGGCACGUUUUUCAUCUCUCCUCCUGUAGCUAAUUAUUGUAGUUAUCUAUCUCAUCCUUAUUCAAUAUUUUCUUAUAUCACUACGUACCAAUUCCCGGGUCGUUAUUAUUAUUAUUAUUAUCAUUAUUAACUUACUGUGUUCUCGACUGCUUGACCGCUUGACCGCUGUGAUUGCUGUAGGUAGGGUGGAACAUAUCACAUCCCAUCUUCGAUACACCAAUUUUUUUUUAUUACCUCUGAGGGUGUUGAUUAAUCCCGCUGCGAUAUAAAUAUAUCUAUUAUACAUUUUCGUUCGUGAUUUGUUCUUUCCUGCAUAUGUAAUCUGACAUAUUUUAUUCUCUAGGUAUAGAUAGGAGGACCUGGAGCAUUGUUCUCGGACCUGCUUGAUAUUAUUGCAAUCUUGAUAUACAUAUAUCCCCCGCAGAUUGGGCGGCGUUGAUUUGAUACAAUCAUCUAGAGCGGAAUAUUUAUCCUCAAAUUGCGGAGAGGAGCUAAAAAAGAAAGGCCGGGAGACAGUUCCGCCGCUCUCAAGAACACACCACCCACAUAUCAAGGGAUAUCUCUCAUUCUCCGCUUCAAGCUAUCUGUCUAUAUACAUCAUCCCGCCAACUCAUGACAGAAACGGAGCAAGGCUCACUCCACAAUGGAGUGGGCCUAUCACUCCGCCCAGAAGCCCGCGUCCUCAUUAUCAUGACCGGCGGCACAAUCUGUAUGCAACCCUCUGACUCCGGCUUCAUCCCCGCCCGUGGCUUCCAAAAGACAGCCCUGGAACCCGUCCCCACCUUCAACGACAAAUCCAACCCAGAGCCCCUCGAUGUCGUCGUCAACAGCAGAGGUGAACGACGACCACACGAGAGCCUCCGCACCCCGCCAACCGCCUAUGGCGGGCGCGUGCGCUACACGGUCUUCGAAUUCGAAGAACUGCUCGACAGCAGCUCGAUAGACUCAAAUGGCUGGGCCCAGAUCGCCCUCACCAUCUCCUGGAACUACACGCUCUUCGAUGCCUUCGUUGUCCUGCACGGCACGGACAGUCUAGCCUAUACGUGCUCCGCGCUCAGUUUCAUGCUGCGCAACCUGGGCAAGCCGGUGAUAUUGACCGGGUCGCAGGCGCCCAUGCUCGAGCUGCAGAAUGAUGCGACAGACAACCUGCUCGGCUCGCUGGUGAUUGCGGGCAAUUUCAUGAUUCCGGAAGUGUGCUUGUAUUUUAACUAUAAGCUGCUGAGGGGCAAUCGGGCAACGAAAGUAUCCGCGAGCGCGUUUGCGGCGUUCGAUUCGCCGAAUUUCGCACCCCUGGCUGUCACAACGGCCAUGAGAACCAAUGUUGCUUGGGAUCUCGUACAUAGACCGACGCAUCUUGAGCAUUUUAGCAUCCAGAUUAACCUGGAUACGACGCACGUGGCGUGUCUGAGGAUAUUCCCUGGAAUUAAGCCGGAGAUGGUGGAUGCUGUGUUGCGCCUGGAGGGGCUAAGAGGCCUUGUGCUUGAGACGUUUGGGGCCGGAAAUGCACCAGGUGGUCCAGAUAAUGCAAUGACAAAUGUGCUCGCGGCAGCGAUAAAGCGCGGGAUUGUCAUUGUCAACGUUACGCAAUGCCUUUCCGGCAGCGUCAGCCCCGUCUAUGCCCCCGGGAUGACCCUCUACCGCGCCGGCGUCGUUGCCGGUCAAGAUAUGACAUCGGAAGCCGCUCUAACUAAACUCGCCUACCUACUUGCACUGCCCGGAGCUACCCCUCAGUCCGUCGCGCGCGACAUGUCCCUCUCCCUACACGGGGAACUCACCGAACACUCACAGCCGGUCUUCCAACACCCGGGCGGCAGCGUGCUACCGCAACGAGUGAAGAGUCUGGCAGCACUGGGCUACGCGAUUGCGCACGGAAACCUCGAGAAAGUGAAGGAUAUCCUUCGCGGGGAGGAGGAGUGGAUUUUAAACGAUGCGGAUUAUUCGGGGAAUACACCAUUGCACCUCGCCGCAACAUCCCCCAACCUCUCGAUCCUCCGCCACUUCCUUCUCCACGGCGGAUCCGUCCACUUACGAAACCGCGCGGGCCGAACCGCACUCUUCCUCGCCGCAAACGCGGGGCUGAUCGAGCACGUCCGGCUGCUGCGGCAGUCCGGUGCGCAUUUGCAUGCUGACGAGCGGGCUGUGGCUGAGUUGCAUGCAAGGCGGCAGUUGGGGAACGGGUUGGGAUUGGGUAUUUGGGGGCUUGCCGGUGUGGAGGUGGACGGCCAUAGCGGAGGGGGAGGGGAGGAGAGCGGAGAAACGGGGUAGGGAGAAAAGGUGGAUUGAGAUUGGAAUGAAAGAAAGAAGGAAAGGAAAGGGGUAAUAUGUUGGAAGGGAGAAUGCGUGAUUGGUGCCUUUUUCUUUUUUCUGGAAUGAUCUUUAAGGGGGUGACGGAUAGAGAAUUAACUAGAGAAGGUGUUUUGUUCUACGGGGGGAAUUUUCUUUGGGCGGCUGUUUUUGUCAUGUUGUCAGUUCUGUUUCGAGGCGUUAUAUGGGAUAGCGAUGUUAUUAUAGGAGUUCUCUAAUAAACAGGCGUGUGGUUCCGGGUGGUAAUCUGAGAGUCGUGGACAUCAAGCCGGGAGGGAGUCUGCUCCACAACACCCCCCCGGCCUUGGCAAUAAUAUGAUUUGUCCGGAGAAAUGUGUGCAAGCUAGCAGGAGCCACAUUAUAUAUAAAAAAAAAAGCACAAUACAGGCCAGUUUCUAUCCGCGCAGUGUAAAUUAUUAUUGUUAAUAUUGUUAUUGUCCUUCUUUGUUAUUAUUAUUGAUAUCAAAUUGUCUCAUGCUGCACCCAGAAGGCUUGCUUAUAAAGCUCUCUCUGUGUCCAUGGCUCAAUCUCCAUCGCAAUUUGCUGUCAAAUAUUCG